AUGUUUAAACGUCGUUGGUUAAUCAGCAUCAAUUAUAGUCAAGAAAAGGUUACAAUUCAAAAAAGGUUCAUUCAAAUGUUGGUCAGUCAAUACAAAAGUUAUGGUAUGAUUAAUGAAGGCGAUAAAAUUAUGUUUGGUGUUAGCAGUGUUAAAGAUAGUUUAACUUUAAUUAAUAUAUUUAUCGAUAUAAAGGGAAGAUCAAAAGUAAAGUUUACAAUUGCAUGUUCAGAUGAUUCACAAAGUCCAGAUUACGAUCCAACAUGCUUUCAAGUUCCAGUCCCCCUUUCAAGAAUUAAACUAUUAUAA